GUCAUUUUCGAACGAGACACCAAGCCUGCACAUUCGAUGGCGACGCCGCCGCUGUUCCUGCCGCUCGUCGCGAUGUGGCUGCUGGGCAACAUGGUGCUCUUCUUCUGUUAUCAAGUCGUCAUCUUUCUUGCCUUCCGCGGAUGGAGUCCAUCGCUGUACCGGUCCUACAUGGCCUCCGUUCAAACGGCAUGGGUUGAUGUGAUUGCAAGUACAUUUCCCCAAACCGACCUCGUCGUCACCGGCGAUCUGCCCACGGAUCCCACAAAACCCGCGAUCAUCCUGUGCAACCAUCAAAUUGAUGCCGACUGGUGGUACCUCUGGGACCUCGCCCGACGACUUGACGGCGGCGGCAACCUCAAAAUCUGCCUCAAGCAAGAGCUCAAGUACGUGCCCGUGUUCGGGUGGGGCCUCGACUUGCUCGAGUUUCUCUUUGUCAAGCGCAACAUUGACCACGACCGACUGCACGUCAACCAGCACAUGGCGCGCUUUGUCCGGGAAAAGUUUCCUUUUUGGAUGCUCGUGUUCCCCGAAGGCACGACGAUCCACGCGGAGAUGCUGGACAAAUCGAACCGCUUCGCCCAACGCACUGGUCGCCCCCAGUUUUCGCGGCUGCUGCUGCCGCGGACGUCGGGGCUCCACACGAUGCUCGCCGCGACCGCCGCGAUCAAGCCAGACGUGUACGACCUGACGCUGGCGUACCCGUCGUACAGCGGCGAAGUGCCCACAGCGGCCAUGGGGUACAGUCGGCACACGGACACGGGCGUGCCGAGCAUGGCGGCCGUGCUGUGCGGUCGCGGACCAACUCGAGUGUCGAUCCACGGGUCAAAGCAUGCAUUUGACGAUGUAUUUGGCAAAGAAGAAGCGUUUCUCGACAAGGCGUGGCAAACGAAGGAGAAAUUGCUCGAUCAAUUUAUCGCCAACCAGGUCAGAUUUCACAUGUUGUAGUGUCCUUUUCCCUAAAUUUGGACUUGUGCGUCGCCAAAUCUAUCGGUUCUUUGUAUGAAAAAAGUAUGUAAAAGUUGACAUGUGCAUGGCAAUCACAGCACUCACACUAAUUGAAGUCGCACACUAAUUGGAUGUUGAUCAUAACCAUCUGAUUGGCUCAAUAUUCAUUCUUCGGUAUAUUUGGUUGUGUCGACUAUUUAUUCAUUCUCUUUAUCACUCCAGUUUAGAAUAAACUCCAUAUGUUGGCUCAUUGUUGUUUGUGAUAGGCAUUUCCAACAAUAGCCCAAGGCCGGGUGCUGCCAUCAAAGAUGUCGUGGGCCAACAUUGGGCAGUUGUGGGUGUCGGCCGUGGUGGCGUUGGCCGUGUCGCCGCUGGUGGCGUCCAUGGCGGCAUUAUGGUAUGCUGGCACGACGGCGUCGGAUGUGUUGGCAUGUACUUGGUCGUGUGUGGUUGGGUCGCCGUCAAAAGCAACAAAGUCGAGAUAACACCACGGAAAAGCACCUUUAGGUCUUAUAUAGUAGUGUUGAAAAAUACAAGGGUCGUGUAUAUAUUAAAUAGGAGUAAAAUGUCCAAUGGCGACGUCAGGACGUGAUGUACGAAGCAAAUUUGGCGCGGCAGAUCGGACACGCGUCAAUUUCAGCCAGACACGUGGCG